AUGCUGACCUUGCCUCCAAACCAGGUGCAUGGCCGUAGACCGAUCUACAUUUCGACCUUUUUAAUCUUUGUCCUGGCCAACAUCGGACUGUCCUUCACAACCUCGUACCCGGUGCUGCUCGUCCUGCGAGUCUUCCAAGCAGUCGGUGCAUGCAGCGCCAUCGCAAUUGGAGCGGGCACGAUUGCCGACGUGACCGAACCCAACGAGCGAGGCAGCUACAUGGGCUACUACGCGCUGGCACAGUACACUGGACUGGCGAUUGGACCGGUGAUCGGCGGUGCUCUGUCUCGACGCUGGGACUACCAUGCUACGUUUUUCUUCCUAACCGCUCUGUCCGGACCAUUUUUGAUAUUCAUGGUCCUGUGCUUGGUCGAGACGCUUCGUUCGAUCGUCGGCAACGGUAGCGCCUUGGUCCGGGGCAUCUAUCGACCGCUGUUACAGCCAAGACCAGUCUCCUCCGUAGCAAACUCACCUCGACCUCCGAUGAAGCAUCCACUCUCCACUCCGCAACAAUUCGGUUUCCUCCAACCAUUUCUAGUCUUCACCCGACCAGAGACGUCCCUAGCCAUCAUCGCGUACUCGAUCGUAUACGCCAGCUACUACCUCUCGUCUGCAUCUCUGCCGUAUCUGUUCAAGAAGGUGUAUGGGCUGGACGAGCUGUGGAUCGGGGUGAGUUUUGUUCCGAGCGGUGUUGGGUGUGUGGUGGGGACAGUGCUGGCGGGAAAGAUCCUGGAUUGGGACUAUCGACGAGCUGUAGCGAAAGGUGCAACGCCGGUGAGGAUGACGCGGGUGAGGCUGCAGUCGGCGUGGAUCUACCUGCCGUGCUAUUCGGUGUCGCUGCUGGCGUACGGUUGGAGUGUGGGAGAGAAGCUUCACAUAGCGCUCCCUGUCGUAUUCCAGUUUGCAGUGGGCUUCUUCUCGAUCAUGUACUUUACCAACAUCAACACGCUCAUCGUGGACCUGUACCCGGGCAAAGCAGCCAGCGCCACAGCCGCGGUCAACCUCGGACGAUGCGUGCUGGGCGCGGGGGCGGUGGCUGUUGUCCAGCCAAUGAUCGCGGCUGUGGGAGCUGGCUGGACAUUUACUGUGGGUGCGGUUCUCACGCUUUUCAUCGGACUGGUUUGUCAGGCCCUGAUCUACUUGUAUGGCGAGAUAUGGGCGGCUGCUGGCGAGCGCACUCAAUGA